AUGGCGGGGUCAUCCUCCCGCCUUACACCUCCGCCCUCCCCAACGGCUUCAUUCUAUGAUAUUAGCGACGACGACGAAGGCGACUAUAACACCAUUACCCACACUAGUACGGGUAAGGGGGUGAAACUUUUAUUCUCUAAAAGCAAGAAGUCUACCCCUUCCACCGAAGGCGAUCUAUCGCAGCCUUCCUCCGCAAUUACAAAACCUAAUGCUUCCUCAUACCUUCUUGCGUGGGUCCCGGAAUCUUCCCUGGGCGAUGCAUAUAGCACCUACGUAAAAGUAGACAUGUCCGACAGCACAUCUCCUCCGCGCCAAUCGUAUUUGGUGCCGCCACUUCCUACCACAACUUCAGAUCCUGGCUCGAUCGGCUUGUAUGCGUUUGCUGUUCCUCUAAGCCAGAUAUAUUCACUGCUCGUUCGUCCGCCGAGCUUGGGUUGGUGGUUUGGUAGUGUUGUUAUAAAUACAAGAGCUGGAGAUAGUUUUCCGGCCCUUUUCUUCCAUGAUACGGAAUGCGAAUCCACAAUUUUACAAAAGAAGAAACGAACGAGAGAGAGUUUUGAUCCGUUCGAUGAAGGUGGGAAUAUGUUUUGGGGAGGUGACGAGGUAUUGAGAUGGCUUAAAAGAUACGUAACCAUCGAACGAUCGGGCGCUGAUCCGAGUGCAUACCUGAUCAAUCCUUCUGAGGAGGAUAAAAUGUCCUUUGGCCAGCCUCUGACUGUGGAUAAGUCGCAACCUUCGCAACCUAGACAGAGAGAUGCGGGUAUGGAUCCCCUCACUCGAGUGUUGAAAGAAACACGGUGGAAGGUCCUGGAGCAGCUCAGCAAGAUCACUACCUUUACCAGGAGGACUGCUCAAGAUAUUGCCGAUAACCCAAAGGUUCCCCCUCAGGUGAGGCGUCUUAUGCGAAAUCCGGAAAUACAGACCUUGCAAGAGGAGUUUGAUAGUGCUAGGCUAUAUCUAGCACGAUGGGCAAUGGGAGUUGCUGAGCAGAGCGAGCGUGAACGAAACCGGCGAAUUUGGACUGCAAGAGACAUGUUAGAAAUGGAAGACAGCUCCGUCGGUGAAUUUGAAAUCCUGAACAUGGAAGCAGCAAAUUUAUCUCUUGCUGACAAACGAAAACCUGUUACCUUGGAAGAGUGGAAUAGCUGGUUUGACCCUGUCACUGGGCGGCUGCAGAUUACCCAGGACGAAGCUAAGGAGAGGAUUUUCCACGGAGGCCUUAACCCAACCGAUGGUGUUCGCAAGGAGGCUUGGCUGUUUCUGCUUGGGGUAUAUUCAUGGGAAAGUAAUGACGAUGAACGCAAAGCGAUACUAAAUUCGAAACGGGAUGAAUAUGUGCGUCUAAAAGGAGCAUGGUGGGAGAGAUUAGUUGAAGGACUCUCGUCGGCGGGCGACCUCGAAUGGUGGAAAGAACAGAAGGCUCGAAUAGAAAAGGAUGUUCACCGCACGGAUCGUACUAUCCCAUUAUUUGCAGGGGAGGAUAUUCCCCACCCCGAUCCCGACUCUCCGUUUGCCGAAACGGGUACCAAUGUCCAUAUGGAGCAAAUGAAGGAUAUGCUCCUUACUUAUAACGAGUACAACCGAGACCUUGGCUACGUCCAGGGAAUGAGUGAUCUUCUCGCCCCAAUCUAUGCUGUGAUGCAAGAUGAUGCGGUAGCCUUCUGGGGAUUUGUUGGAUAUAUGGAUCGAAUGGAGCGAAAUUUUCUCCGCGACCAAUCUGGGAUGCGAUCUCAGCUUCUUACUCUGGACCAACUUGUUCAACUAAUGGACCCGCAACUUUACCUACAUCUCCAGUCCGCCGACAGCACAAAUUUUUUCUUUUUCUUCCGGAUGUUCCUUGUUUGGUACAAGCGGGAGUUCGAAUGGGUAGACGUGCUAAGGCUGUGGGAAGCGCUUUGGACGGAUUAUCUGUCAAGUAAUUUCCAUAUAUUUAUCGCAUUAGCGAUCCUUGAAAAACAUCGGGAUGUGAUCAUGGACCACCUCAAACAUUUCGACGAGGUUCUGAAAUAUAUCAACGACCUCUCAAACACCAUGGAACUAAUCCCCAUCCUCUCUAGGGCAGAAGCGCUCUUCCGCCGCUUCGAAAAGAAAGUCGAAGCUAUCGAUAAGAAGAACAAUUUCCCCACACCACCCGUACGCCGACGCAUCGUUGGAUCUUCUGACAGCGGGACCCGAUCCUACCCCUCAACUCAACAAACCUCUGCUGGCCAAUUAGUUUCCCGCGACCGUAGCCGUAGUACUCCAACUUCACCCAACCACCGAAGAGCCGAUCUGGAACGGAUAAUCACGCCUGAACUUCGGGGUCUCAUGAGUAAAACGGUACAAGUUUUGGAUGCCACACAAGUUAGGGAGCACGGCGGGGGGACGAGACGAAAUUGA